AUGAAUCUUGUUCAAGAAAAAAUUACUAAAAUCCUUGAAGAUGGUGGUAUGAAUGAUAAGCAUAAGAAAAGAGAAUUAAUAGAAAUACUCAAAAAAGCCUGUCCUAAAACAGAAAAUAGUAAGAAUUUACAAAAGGAAAAUUUGAAGAAUUUGCAAAAGGAAAAUUUGAAGACUGG